AUAAUAACUUAAAAUUUCAGCAGUAAACACAAUUUUAACCUCACUAUCAAGUAAUUCAUAAAAUUUAAAAUUUUUUAUAUAUUUAAACUAAUUUUUACCUAUCGGUCAUUUCAAAACUUAACUCUUGUGACAAAGAAAUAUUUCAAGUGCAGAAGCAAAAGUAGUAUUUACCUCUUAAUAAUUAUGAGGUGAUUGACAUUGUUAUUCGACAAUUAGAUCUAAUAUUCCAUUGUUCUAAUUGUUUUUCAAGGAAUGACCAGCUAGCCGAUAUCUAUAUAUUUUCUUAUUAAUAUAAGAUAGAGAGAAAUAAAUAAAAUAACUCUCUAAUCAAAAUAAUGGCUGGAAGUACAUUUGAAUCAGCAUCAUUAUUUUAUCAGAACACUAAUCGUCGUGAGAUGUGUUAUUGGAUAACGCACAUCAAAUUAUCAAGAAUUAUUAUAAUAAUGUUAUUGAUAUUAUUCAUCGUGCCAUUAUUCACACAUUAUUAUUUAUCAAAGGUAGAGUCAAGUACAUCCGGUAUGGACAUGCAUCGUACAAAGCUAGAAGCAUUCGAAGACUUCACAUCAAUGAAAGCUUCCGAUCUCAAAUUCCGCAUCGAAGAAAUGCUUCGGAUAAAAGUAUCCGUGAGCAAUGAACUUCGCGAUCUUGAAGCCAAACGCCAGCGUCUUCAACUCGAAAUCUCGGGGUUCAAUCAAAAAAUUGAUGACCUCAAACAAGAAUUGAUUCACCAACAAACGGAUUUAGAUCGGCUGAAAAUGAGUCUCGUUCAAGCACAAGCUGCUCACCGUGAAGCAAUCGAACGCAACACUCCAGAACUAGCGCCACCUCGUCGGAUCUUGAUAAACUCCGUCCCAACAAACGUGAAACUAAAACCAAGCGAAUCAUCGUCUUGCCGCAUGUACAAUUGCUUCGACCACAGCCGCUGUGCACUAACCAGUGGCUUUCCUAUUUAUCUCUACGACCCGGAUGUAUUUUCCGUUAUAAAUCCCACAUGGGACAUUGACGGUUUCUUGCGUACAACAAUAAAACAAACUCUAGGUUAUAAUGCUCAUUUAACCUCAAAUCCCGCCGAGGCAUGCAUUUACAUUCUGCUAAUCGGUGAAGCUUUGCCAUUAAAUCUCCCAGCGGCAAAUCAACAUCAACAGGUUUUCACACAUCCUUUGAGUAUUAAAAAACUCCAUUCACUUCCUUAUUGGGGCGGUGAUGGACGAAAUCACAUCCUACUGAAUUUAGCUCGUCGUGACCUAUCAAUAAAUUCGGGCAAUAUCUUAGACAAUAUAGACACUGGACGUGCAAUCCUAGUCCAAUCAACAUACUUGCGAUCUCAAUAUCGUCCAGGUUUUGAUCUAAUAGUACCGCCAAUUCUUGGCCCACCUGGUGGCGAUGUUUGGCAAGAGUGCGCCCCAAUGGUACCAGCACGUCGUAAAUACUUAUUAUCAUUCCAAGGUGAAAUGAAAACAAUCAAGUCUUCAUUAUCGUCAUCUGGGUCAACCUCGCGACCUAUCGACGACGCGGAAAUAGAUCUCGAGCGUGUCGAAGAUGAAAAUAACCUAGAUAAUUUCAUUGUUCAACAUUUGAACGACAUGAUGUCCGGUGUUAUGGACAAAUUUUUUAUCCAAUUCGAAUGCAUACCCGCGACAGAUGAUCACAGUCACAGAGGAACCAGUAAAAUUACGGACUGGUCAUUGUGCGGAACUGAGUCAUCAAGAAAAGAAAUACUUAAAGAUUCGACAUUCGUACUGAUAUUGGCGCCAAGUAAUUCGACAUUCGUCACGACCUCGACAAUACAAGCGAGAAUAUAUGAAGCACUGAGAUCGGGCGCCAUUCCUGUUAUUUUGGGAGGUGAUCAAAUUUAUUUGAGUUACAAUGAAGUAAUUGCUUGGAGACGCGCGGUCAUUUUUUUGCCCAAAGCCCGUGUUACCGAAAUGCACUUUUUGUUACGUGCGAUACCGGACAACGAUUUGCUGUUCAUGCGACGUCAGGGCAGACUAAUUUGGGAAAGAUACAUGGCUACAGCACAGGGUGCUGUUGACACCAUUGUCGCAUCAAUACGCGAUCGUCUCGGUAUACCAGCAAUUCCUGCAACGCAGUCACCAAGUCCUAGUGUUUUCAAUGAAACAUUCGUGCCAAUAAAGUCGGACGCCAUUGUCGCGGAACCUGAAGCCGAAGAAAGCUUGGGACCGUUGGAACCACCGUAUCCCUCACCCAUAUUCAAACGGAAUUACACGACUAUGUUAAUACACGGGCAUGAAAUUUGGAAUGAAUGGGUUAAUCCUUUUUAUCUCUAUCCCCAAUUACCUUUUGAUACAGUAUUAUCUAGUGACGCUAAAUUUAUUGGGUCCGAAGUUGGGUUCAGGCCGAUCGGCAAAGGGGCUGGUGGGGCAGGUAAAGAAUUUAGCGAAUCACUGGGUGGUAAUUAUCCACGUGAACAAUUCACGAUUGUUAUAUUGACUUACGAACGAGAACAAGUUCUUAUUAAUUCAUUGGCUCGUUUGUAUGGCCUGCCAUAUUUAAAUAAAGUCUUGGUGGUUUGGAAUAGCCCUAAGCCUCCGAUUGAAGAUCUCAGGUGGCCAGAUAUUGGUGUGCCUAUUGUUGUAAUUAAAGCAUUAAGGAAUAGUUUAAAUAAUAGAUUUUUACCAUUUGAUACUAUUGAAACUGAAGCUGUGUUAUCUGUUGACGACGACGCGCAUUUAAGGCAUGACGAAAUAAUGUUUGGAUUUAGGGUAUGGCGAGAACACAGAGAUCGUGUCGUAGGUUUUCCUGGUCGUUAUCAUGCGUGGGAUCAAAAUUAUCACAAUUCAUGGAAUUACAAUUCAAAUUAUUCAUGUGAACUGUCAAUGGUAUUAACCGGCGCUGCAUUUAUUCAUAAACAUUACAUGUAUCUUUAUACUAAUUGGCUACCGCAGGCAAUUAGAGAUAAAGUUGAUGAGUAUAUGAAUUGCGAGGAUAUCGCUAUGAAUUUUUUGGUAUCUCAUUUAACACGAAAACCACCUGUCAAGGUAACAUCUCGCUGGACAUUCAGAUGUCCUGGAUGUCCAGUUUCAUUGUCUGAAGACGAUACACAUUUUCAAGAACGUCACAAGUGUAUUAAUUUUUUCGCUCAGGUAUUUGGAUACAUGCCAUUACUGAAUACUCAAUACCGCGCAGAUUCAAUCCUCUUCAAAACGCGAAUAUCGCACGACAAACAAAAAUGUUUUAAAUUUAUAUAAAAAAUUUUUUUUGUACAUAAAUAAACUAAAUUUGUUUUAUAAAU